GUCAUUAAUUAUUUCCGAAGACUCCCAAUUUGUUUUCUCUCUUUCGAAUAAAAACGAAAACACAAAUAAAUAAAUAAAAAAUCGUCAGGAAAAAAAAAGCGCCAUGGACGCCAUUGAUUCCGUCGUCGAUCCUCUUAGAGACUUCGCCAAGGACAGCAUUCGCCUCGUUAAGCGUUGUCACAAGCCAGAUCGCAAAGAGUUCACGAAGGUGGCAGUGCGUACAGCUAUCGGGUUCGUAGUAAUGGGAUUCGUUGGCUUCUUUGUGAAGCUAAUCUUUAUUCCCAUCAACAACAUCAUCGUUGGUGCCACUUAGAGAACAAGGGAAGAUAAGAUGGACAAGGGUAGUUACAGCUUUGUUGUUUCAUGAAGACACUUCAACAGUUUUUUGUUUGUUUGUUUGUUCAGAUACUCAAAAAGAGUAAACUUUUGUUGACCUAGUUAACCACACCAUUUGAGAUCAGUCUGCAUUCUGUUUCAUAUAUUUCACUUCUUAUUUCGUUCUGCUGUUAUAAAAUUCCUAAGUUUUGAUAAA